AUGGAUUACAAAGAGAGACUCGCUCAGUUCGAGGACAUUCUAAGUUCAAAAGACUUGAUUAAUGACCCAAUAAUAGACUUGUACAAAUUUCGACACUUAUGUUUUAGAGGUAUUCCCGAUAAACCGGGUAUAAGACAAAAGAGUUGGAAGAUAUUACUAGGAUAUCUACCAACUGAUAAAAGAAAAUGGCAAAAAACCUUAUCAGAAAAUAGGUCAACAUAUUAUAGCUUCGUUAGGGAUUUGCUGGCAGAACCCAGUGAAGAAGAAUUAUUAGAGGGACAAAAUAGUGAUCAUCCAUUAAAUCCCGCGCCAAAUUCAAAAUGGGCAGAAUAUUUCGCCGACAACAUUAUUCUCGAGCAAAUCGACAAAGAUGUUUGUCGAACCUUACCAGAUUUUGCAUUUUUUCAACAACCUGUGCCACAAAGUCCAUUGAGUCCGUUGAGUCCGCGUCUCUCUCACUUGGAACUGAUUAAAAGAAGUGAUGGUGCAUUCUCUUCGCUUUUUGAAAAAUUAGAGAAUGGUUGGAAUGACGAUGAUAAUGAUCUUAGUACUCAAGAUAUUGAUAAUUUCUUGAUGACAAUAAGUAGCGAUGUGGACGGAGUGGAAGGAGAAAAUAAUAAUGAUGAUGGGUUUGCGUCACUGGAAGCAUCUAUAGAAUCGUUAUCUACAUUAUCACCUAUAUCGCCGGUGACCAACACGUUAACCACAGCACCAACAUCAAGACGAACAUCCACAAGUAGUGUGAAACCAGCACCGAUAGAUCUUGAUGCUGCUUCAUACGCUAAUCCAAUCGCGCCAAUCAGGUCACGACGCUCAAUAUUCAGACGUGUGCAACAUCUAAACAAAGAUUUCUUUCGACGUGAAAAUCGUCCUGCAUCACCUGCACUAAGUCAAAAGUCUAAUCCAGAAAAUGGUGCAGCACAAGAUGAUGAAGAAAAUCAGAUCGAUUUACAUUGGGAAGCGAUAGAACGUAUUCUUUUUAUAUAUGCGAAAUUGAAUCCUGGUAUUGGCUAUGUACAGGGAAUGAACGAGAUUUUGGGCCCUAUUUACUAUACAAUGGCUAAUGAUGGCGACGAGGAGGGAAAAGCUCAUGCUGAAGCCGAUUCCUUCUUUGUAUUUACAUUGCUAAUGGCUGAUAUUCGCGACCACUUUGUACGAAGUCUCGAUCAUGACGACACGACAGGGAUUGGAGCGACAAUGACAAAAAUGAAUCGACGGUUACGUGCAUUUGCAUUUGACCUAUGGGAAGAUCUGGAGGAGAAAUCAUUGCAUCCGCCUUAUUACUCGUUCCGUUGGCUGACGGUGAUGUGCGCUCAAGAAUUUGCACUCCCUGAUGUGAUUCGUGUUUGGGACUCGGUGUUCGCGGAUCAUGAUGCAGAUAUAGGGACGUCGUCGAAUCGAUUCGAGUUUUUGAUUGAUUUUUGCUGUGCGAUGAUAAUAUGCGUUAAAGAUGAACUUUUAAAAGGUGUAUUCGAGGACAAUAUUAAACUUUUGCAGCAUUAUCCUAUACAAGAUCCGGGAAUAGUUCUACAGAAAGCUUACCAAUUGCGUGAAUCACGUCUGCUCGCAAAAUUAAAUGGUAAUGAAAUAGAUUACUCAUACUCAUCAGAUGAUGUAGAAUAUGGCCCGGAUGGCGUGCUUGAAGAAGACGAACCACGUCGCGGUAGUAGUGGUCGAAUGUGGCUACAAUCUAACGGUCUGGUCUUCUCUAACGGGUACACGAAAAAACGAUCUGAUUCGUUGUCGUCAGAUCAGACUAGUGCGAGUGGUCGAAGUCGCAAUAAUAAUCAUAGUAAUUAUUAUGAAAAUACUGGUACUGCUCAUCAUACUACUAGCAAUCAUCGUCAGCCUCAACCACAACGAAACAACCUGAUAACCAACACCAUCAUCAACUCCACCUCAAUUUUUAGACGACCAUUACCAUUCAAGUCGGCGCAGCAGCAGCCCACCUCCUUCUCCUCCGUUUCAUCAACAAAUUCGUCACCAUCUUUUUGGCACGCCUCUCCAUCACCAAACUCAAGCACAACUUCUUCCAGCUUCAACGGUUUCAACAAAUUCAACAAAUCCUUUUAUCGCGAUGGUACGCGCGAUUCUUCUCCGUUGAUUCCGGCUUCGGCGCAGACGCGGAUGAUCCAGGUUGCUGGUCAGACCAAAGCCCAAGGAUUAGCAUUGUUUAAUAAAAUGAAAGAUGUGGUCGCCAAUCGAUCGGCUACGGCAACAUCUUCACAUUUAAAGAAGGCGACGACAAUGUCUGCAUUGUCAGCAAAUAAUAAUAAUAAUAAUACUGCUACUAUUACUACACUAUCAUCCAAAUCACAGUUUCGUGGUCAUGAUCAUGAUAAUGAUAAUAGUAAUAGUAAUAGUAUAAAUGGAGGUAAUAAUUUCCCAAAAACUAAUAAUCUGAACAGAAUUAAGCAAAAUAAUAAAAAAGAGUAUUUUGCUGUUAUGGAAAAUAACUGA